GAGGGCAAGUCACGUGCUACGGCCUUUUUCCGUCCCACCCGGGUAGAUUCUGCAUUAGCACGGGGGACGUGUAGUUUAAUAACUGCCGGGAUCUUUAAAACUUCGUUGUCUGUAUGCAAACAAAGUGUUGUGGCACAGUGUGUUCACUGAAAAGAAAUCAUGCCGGCCUACUUUCAGCGCCCCGAAAACGCUCUUAAGCGUGCUAACGAAUUUCUUGAAGUUGGAAAGAAACAGCCAGCUCUUGAUGUUCUUUAUGAUGUCAUAAAGAGUAAAAAGCAUCGAACAUGGCAGAAGAUACACGAGCCGAUUAUGCUGAAGUACUUGGAGCUAUGUGUGGAUCUCCGCAAGAGCCACCUGGCUAAAGAAGGCUUGUACCAGUAUAAGAACAUUUGCCAGCAGGUGAAUAUCAAAUCUUUAGAGGAUGUGGUAAGAGCCUAUUUGAAGCUGGCUGAAGAGAAGACUGAAGCUGCAAAGGAGGAAUCUCAGCAGAUGGUUCUAGAUAUAGAAGAUCUUGACAAUAUUCAGACACCAGAGAGUGUUUUGUUGAGUGCUGUAAGUGGAGAAGACACGCAGGAUCGUACAGAUCGGUUGCUUCUGACUCCGUGGGUGAAAUUUCUAUGGGAGUCCUACAGACAAUGUUUAGACCUUCUCAGGAAUAACUCAAAAGUCGAGCGCCUCUAUCAUGAUAUUGCUCAGCAGGCUUUCAAGUUUUGUCUGCUUUAUACUCGUAAAGCUGAGUUUCGCAAACUGUGUGACAACUUGCGAAUGCACUUGGGGCAGAUCCAAAGACAUCACAACCAAAGUACAGCUAUUAACUUGAACAACCCGGAGUCUCAGUCAAUGCAUUUAGAGACACGGCUAGUACAGUUAGACAGUGCUAUCAGUAUGGAACUUUGGCAGGAAGCUUUUAAGGCAGUAGAAGACAUCCAUGGUCUUUUUUCCUUGUCAAAGAAGCCACCCAAACCCCAGUUGAUGGCAAACUAUUACAAUAAGGUUUCUACUGUGUUCUGGAAGUCUGGAAAUGCUUUAUUUCAUGCUACGACUCUACACAGACUUUAUCAUCUUUCAAGAGAAAUGAGAAAAAACUUGUCACCUGAGGAGAUGCAAAGGAUGUCUACUAGAGUUCUUUUAGCUACACUUUCUAUUCCAAUCACCCCUGAACGCACAGACAUUGCUCGUCUCCUGGAUAUGGAUGGUAUCAUUUUGGACAAACAUCGUCGUUUGGCGACACUUCUGGGCUUGCAGGCACCUCCUACACGUGUUACUCUGAUUAAUGACAUGGUAAGGUUUAACGUGAUGCAGUACGUUGUUUCAGAAGUCAAAGAACUUUAUAACUGGUUGGAGGUGGAAUUUGGUCCUCUGAAAUUAUGUGGACGUGUCAUUAAGGUUUUAAAUUGGAUAAAAGACCAAGCAGAGAAGGAGUCUGAACUGCAACAGUAUAUUCCGCACUUGCAGAACAAUACCAUUCUUCGACUUUUACAGCAGGUUGCACAGAUCUACCAGAGCAUUGAAUUUUGUCGCAUAGCUUCUUUAAUUCCCUUUGUUGAUGAGUUCCUUCUUGAACGUGCCAUUGUUGAUGCAGCUAGACAUUGUGAUUUGCAAGUUCGCAUUGAUCACACAUCUCGUACUUUAAGUUUUGGAUCAGAUUUGAAUUACUCCCCUCGGGAAGAUGCACCAGUUGGUCCUUUUCUCCAAAAUAUGCCAUCUGAACAGAUCAGAAAUCAGCUAACAGCUAUGUCUACUGCUCUUGCCAAGGCUCUAGAGGUCAUUAAGCCAUCUCUUAUAUUGCAAGAAAAGGAAGAACAGCAUCAGCUGGCUGUAACUGCUUACCUGAAAAAUUCUAGAAAGGAGCACCAGCGCAUCCUUGCUCGUCGUCAGACCAUUGAAGAAAGGAAAGAAAGGCUUGAAAGUCUAAACAUUCAGCGUGAAAAAGAAGAACUUGAACAAAGGGAAGCUGAACUGCAAAAAGUACGGAAGGCUGAAGAAGAGAGACUGCGUCAAGAAGCAAAGGAGCGUGAGAAGGAGCGCAUUAUGCAGGAACAUGAACAAAUCAAAAAGAAAACUGUGAGGGAACGUUUGGAACAAAUAAAGAAGACUGAACUUGGCGCUAAAGCAUUUAAAGACAUUGACAUUGAGGACCUUGAAGAAUUGGACCCUGAUUUUAUCAUGGCAAAACAAGUUGAACAACUAGAGAAAGAAAAGAAGGAACUCCAGGAGCGUCUGAAAAAUCAGGAAAAGAAGAUUGAUUAUUUUGAAAGAGCUAAGCGUUUGGAAGAAAUUCCCUUAAUGAAGAAGGCCUAUGAUGAACAAAGAGUGAAAGAUAUGGAACUCUGGGAACUGCAAGAGGAAGAAAGAAUCUCUAACAUGAAGCUGGAACGGGAGAAAGCUUUGGAACAUAAGAAGAGAAUGUCAAGGAUGCUUGAAGACCGAGACUACUUUGUAACCAAGCUGAAAGCUGCCCGACGUUCCGUUUAUGAGGAUAAACUUAAACAGUUUCAAGAAAGGCUAGCAGAGGAAAGGAAAUUGAGAUUAGAAGAACGUAAAAAACAACGUAAAGAAAGAAGAAGAACAGACUAUUUUGCAGAAAAAGCAGAGGAAGAACAGCGACUACAAGAAGAACAGCUCAAAAAAGAGCGAGAAGAAAGAGAGCGCGUUGAGAGAGAAAAACGUGAAGCAGAAGAACGUGAAUACCAGGAACAUCUUAGAAAACUUGAAGAGGUGGAAAGGAAAAAGCGCCAACGAGAACUUGAAAUUGAAGAAAGAGAACGCAAGAGAGAGGAAGAAAGGAAGGUUGCUGAUGAUGUUUCAUCUGGUAAAAAGGAUUCCUCCCGCUGGAAAGAGCCAGAGACUGGAUGGAGAAGAGGUGGUGAUCCAGUAGUAGAUGCAGAAAAGAGACGUGGACCUCCAGAAAAGGAAUGGCGUCGUGGUGAAACGCAAGAAGAUGGAAAAGCCUUGAGUCGAGCUGAUGACAGAGAGCCAACACCCAGGAAAGAUGAUCGUGUAACGAGGAGGGUUGAAGAUGACAGAGGUCCUAGAAGAGGUCCUGAUGAGGAUAGGGGCUCCAGACUGGGGACUGAUGACAGAUUCAUUAGACGAGGGGGUGAUGAUGACAAAGACUCAAGUAAGACAGAUGACAGGGCUUCCUGGAGAACAGGCGAUGAUGAUAAACCUAAGCGGGGGAUUGAUGAAGACCGAGGUCCUAAGCGAAGUGAUGAUGAUAGAGGUGCCUGGAGAGGGCGUGAUGAUGAUAGAGGUGCUUGGAGAGGGCGUGAUGAUGACAGGGGCCCAAGGCGUGCGGGUGAGGAUGACAGGGCCCCCAGGCGUGCAGUUGAGGAUGACAGGGCCCCCAGGCGUGCAGUUGAGGAUGACAGGGCCCCCAGGCGUGCAGUUGAGGAUGACAGGGCCCCCAGGCGUGCAGUUGAGGAUGACAGGGCCCCCAGGCGUGCAGUUGAGGAUGACAGGGCCCCCAGGCGUGCAGUUGAGGAUGACAGGGCCCCCAGGCGUGCAGUUGAGGAUGAUAGGGGCCCCAGGCGUGCAGUUGAGGAGGACAGGGGCCCUUGGAGAACACGUGACGAUGAUAGAAGUUCAAGGAGAGGAGGUGAUGACGAUAGAGGUCCCUGGAGAGGCAGAGAUGAUGACAAGACACCAAGACGAGGUGGGAAUGAUGAUAGGGGGGCUUGGAGAGGAGGAGGAGAGGAAGAAAGAGGUCCCAGAAGAGGGGUCGAUGAUGACAGAGGUCCCAGAAGAGGGGUCGAUGAUGACCGAGGUCCCAGAAGAGGGGUCGAUGAUGACAGAGGUCCCAGAAGAGGGGUCGAUGAUGACAGAGGUCCCAGACGAGGAGAUGACUCUAGAGCUGUACCUUGGAAACCAUUUAGCAGGCCUGGUGGAUGGAGAGAGAGAGAGAAGGCUCGUGAAGAUAGCUGGGGUCCUCCUCGAGAUUCCGGACCAUCAGAUGAACAGGGAUGGGACAGAAAUAAAGAUGCUGAUCAUAGUGAUGAAAGGGACCGGGAUUUUGCCAGUGACAGAGAUCGAGAUUUUGAUGGUGAUCGCUUCAGAGAGCGUCGUUUUCCAAAGGAUGAUGGACCAGGUGUCUGGAGAAAAGGUGCUGCUGAUGAUACUCCAGGGUGGAAGGAAUCUGCUCGUCGUGAUGAGUGGGACAGAGAUGAUCGCCGUGGUGAUCGUGACAGAGAACGUCGGCCCCCACCUUCUCGAUCCGAAAGAGAACCGACAAGUUCAUGGAGGCGGAAUGACGACAGACAGGAUGAACGAAAAGAGGAGAGGGAUACUCCGCGCAGAGGACCUCCACGAGAUAGAGAGAGAGAUGGGGAAAAACCCUCUUGGAGACCAGAUAGAGAAAGAGAGUCUGCUCGCCGCACAAAGAAUGAUCCAGAUGAAGAUGGUUGGACUACUGUCCGUCGUUAACUUAGUUUUUCAUUGGCCUUUUAAUCAUUCAUCAGAUCACUUGUUACAUCCAGUGCAUUAUGUAUACCAUUCAUAAUGGAGAUUUCAGGACCUUUUUUGUCACCUCUGUGAAAAGCAAAUGAUACUGCUGCUUUUUUGUAGACUUUGCAGUACAUAUGGUUAAUUUCUGAAAGUUUAUGCAAACUUGGAACAUGUCAAAACAAUGCUUUUACCUAGAAUUGUAUAAUAAAUGUGAACUGUGCAAAGAGCAUCUUUUCAUCCGAAUCUAAAACAAAGGAUUACCAUUCAUCUUAAUUUGGAAGCUGGCCUGAUCUACUUUUAUGCCAUUAAGACUUACAGGAGUGAUAGGUAUGACAUGCUUAGAAACUUUCUAGCAUCUGUUAGCCAAGACAAGGUAUCUUGAAGUACUUUUAAAAUAACAUUUUAUCACAAAGCAAAACACUUGUCAGUAUGAAAAUUGCAAAGGUUUUUAUGGUACAGGUAAAAUAGAUGGAUUUACAAAUAUUCAGUAUCUACUUUCAGCCAUCACCAUACAGAGCAGUGUACUGUAUUUCUGAUUACUUGAUAUAGUCAAGAGCUCUGCUUUGCGAUACAGAAAGUGAUGAUUAUGGGAAAGUUGCUGGUUUGAUUAUCACUAUAUUGUCUGUGGUGGAAAUUACUGAUCCUUUUCUGGAGUUAUUUCUUGGCCUUCAGUGCAUUUAAUUUAAUUAUCAAAUAUUUAAAAAACAUUUUAUUUUUUUUUUUUUCGUUAGUGUGUUUUCCUCCUCACUUGAAUAUUGGCUGUAUUGGCUUUGAAUAGAAAACAUGCAAUAUCGCAGAUGUCAUUAUCCGAUCUUAAGUCAAUACUGACUAUUCUGUUUUCCCUUUGAUUUAAUAAAUUACUUGGGUAAUUCCCUUCAA